AAGCAGGCGGUGGGGGAAGCCCGGGAGGAGGACUGGAGCUGUGAGCACUGCACUGGAGGCAGGACAGAGGACCCAGCCUGCGACCAGCUGUGGAAACCCAGCCGGGCUUGCAGUGGGGCAAAGCCAACGCUGCAUUCUUCUUCCCUGUUUCCUACUUCUGUGUGGGAUUUGGGGGAUUUCUAGGACAGGUUCCCCCACCUCCUGGCCAGUUUCCCUUCUGGGCAGAGAGUAAAGCUCAGAGGCUGAGGCCCUUGCCUUACCGCUCUAGCCCUAGGCCAUAGCUCCAGUGACUUGCUUAGGGGCUUCAGUUUGUGAAGAUGCCUGCAGCCCGUCGGUUCCCUGGCCUUGAGCUCUCCUUCCCUCUCCUGGCCAGACUGCGCCGACGUCUGUACACAAGGCUGGGGAGCAGCAGCAUGCAGCCAGAGGAGGGAACAGGCUGGCUGUUGGAGCUUCUGUCCGAGGUGCAGCUACAACAGUAUUUCCUGAGGCUUCGCGAUGACCUCAACAUUACCCGCCUGUCCCACUUUGAAUAUGUCAAGAACGAAGACCUGGAAAAGAUUGGCAUGGGCCGGCCUGGCCAGAGGCGGCUGUGGGAGGCUGUGAAGAGGAGGAAGGCCAUGUGCAAACGCAAGUCGUGGAUGAGUAAGGUGUUCAGUGGAAAGCGGCUGGAGGCUGAGUUCCCUCCCCAUCACUCUCAGAACACCUUCCGGAAGCCCUCACCCACCCCAGGGGCCCUGGCAGGGGAGGGGACCCUGCAGAGCCUCACCUGCCUCAUCGGGGAGAAGGACCUGCGCCUCCUGGAGAAGCUGGGAGACGGCUCCUUUGGCGUGGUGCGCAGGGGCGAAUGGGACUCCCCUGCAGGGAAGACGGUGAGUGUGGCCGUGAAAUGCCUGAAACCUGAUGUGCUGAGCCAGCCGGAGGCCAUGGACGACUUCAUCCGGGAGGUCAAUGCCAUGCAUUCACUUGACCACCGAAACCUCAUUCGCUUGUAUGGUGUGGUGCUCACGCCACCUAUGAAAAUGGUGACAGAGCUGGCACCUCUGGGGUCCCUGUUGGACCGGCUGCGUAAACACCAAGGGCAUUUCCUUCUGGGGACGCUGAGCCGCUACGCUGUCCAGGUGGCUGAGGGCAUGGGCUACCUGGAGUCCAAGCGCUUCAUUCACCGUGACCUGGCUGCUCGGAAUCUGCUGUUGGCUACUCGUGAUCUGGUCAAGAUUGGGGACUUUGGACUGAUGCGAGCUCUGCCCCAGAAUGACGACCACUAUGUCAUGCAAGAACAUCGCAAGGUGCCCUUUGCCUGGUGUGCCCCUGAGAGCCUGAAAACUCGGACUUUCUCCCAUGCCAGCGACACCUGGAUGUUUGGGGUCACGCUGUGGGAGAUGUUCACGUAUGGCCAGGAGCCCUGGAUUGGCCUCAAUGGCAGCCAGAUCCUGCAUAAGAUUGACAAGGAAGGGGAGCGUCUGCCCCGGCCUGAGGACUGCCCCCAAGACAUCUACAAUGUUAUGGUCCAGUGCUGGGCGCACAAGCCAGAGGACAGACCCACAUUUGUGGCCCUUAGAGACUUCUUGCUGGAGGCGCAGCCUACUGACAUGCGGGCCCUUCAGGACUUCGAGGAGCCGGAUAAGCUGCACAUCCAGAUGAAUGACGUCAUCACUGUCAUCGAGGGAAGGGCUGAGAACUACUGGUGGCGUGGCCAGAACACACGGACACUGUGUGUAGGACCCUUCCCUCGAAAUGUGGUGACUUCCGUGGCUGGCCUGUCAGCCCAGGACAUCAGCCAGCCUCUACAGAAUAGCUUCAUCCACACAGGGCAUGGCGACAGUGACCCCCGCCACUGCUGGGGGUUCCCUGACAGGAUUGAUGAGCUCUACCUGGGAAACCCCAUGGACCCUCCUGACUUGCUGAGUGUAGAACUGAGCACCUCCCGACCCACCCAGCAUCUAGGAAGGGUGAAAAGGGAGCCUCCACCUCGCCCACCUCAGCCUGCCAUCUUCACUCAGAGUAAGUGGGGCUGCUCAGGGUGCCUUGGCCCCUGCCCCCGCCCUCUCUCUCCUCUCACCUCUCCUCUCCUGGAAGAGCCAACGUAUGACCCUGUGAGUGAGGACCAAGACCCCCUGGCCAGCGACUUUAAGAGGCUUGGCCUGAGGAAGCCAGGCCUGCCCCGAGGGCUGUGGCUAGCAAAGCCCUCAGCCCGGGUGCCAGGCACCAAGGCAGGCCGCAGCAGUGGGGGCGAGGUCACGCUCAUAGACUUUGGCGAGGAGCCCGUGGUCCCAGCCCCACGGCCCUGCGCGCCCUCCUUGGCACAAUUGGCCAUGGAUGCCUGCUCCUUGCUGGACAAGACACCGCCACAGAGCCCCACACGGGCACUGCCACGACCUUUACAUCCCACACCCGUAGUAGACUGGGACGCCCGUCCGCUGCCCCCACCCCCUGCCUACGACGAUGUGGCCCAAGAUGAGGAUGACUUUGAGGUCUGCUCUAUCAACAACACCCUAGUGGGUGCAGGGCUCCCUCCUGGGCCCAGCCAGGGCGAGACCAAUUACGCCUUUGUGCCUGAGCAGGCACAGCUGCCCCCUGCCCUGGAGGAUAACCUGUUCCUUCCACCCCAGGGUGGAGGCAAGCCACCCAGUUCGGCCCAGACGGCAGAGAUUUUCCAGGCACUGCAGCAGGAGUGCAUGCGGCAGCUCCAGGUCCCCACCGGCCAGCUGACCCCCUCCCCUACCCCAGGGGGUGAUGACAAGCCCCAGGUGCCACCCCGGGUACCUAUCCCCCCUCGGCCCACACGUUCCCGAGUGGGGCUGUCUCCAGCUCCCUCGGGUGAGGAAGAGACAAGUCAGUGGCCUGGACCUGCCUCCCCUCCCCGGGUGCCUCCUCGGGAGCCCCUGUCCCCUCAAGGUUCGAGGACCCCGAGUCCCCUAGUGCCACCUGGCAGCUCUCCACUACCACACCGGCUUUCUAGCUCACCCGGAAAGACCAUGCCCACCACCCAAAGCUUCGCCUCAGACCCGAAGUAUGCCACGCCACAAGUGAUCCAGGCUCCUGGCUCACGGGCUGGCCCCUGCAUCCUGCCCAUUGUCCGUGAUGGCAGGAAGGUCAGCAGUACUCACUACUACCUGCUGCCCGAGCGCCCCCCUUACCUGGAGCGCUAUCAGCGCUUCCUGCAGGAGGCCCAGAGCCCCGAAGAGCCGGCCUCCCUGCCUGUGCCCCUACUGCUGCCCCCACCCAGUACCCCAGCCCCUGCUGCCCCCACUGCCACCGUUCGACCCAUGCCUCAGGCUGCCCCAGACCCAAAGGCCAACUUCUCCACCAAUAACAGCAACCCAGGGGCCCGGCCACCAGCCCCGAGGGCCACUGCUCGGCUGCUGCAGAGGGGCUGCCCGGGUGACGGGCAAGAGGCUGCCCGGCCAGCAGACAAGGUCCAGAUGCUGCAGGCCAUGGUGCAUGGGGUGACCACAGAGGAGUGCCAGGCGGCCCUGCAGAGCCACAGCUGGAGUGUGCAGAGGGCUGCCCAGUAUCUGAAGGUGGAGCAGCUCUUUGGGCUGGGUCUUCGGCCACGAGGGGAGUGCCACAAAGUCCUGGAGAUGUUCGACUGGAACCUAGAACAAGCUGGCUGCCACCUCCUGGGUUCCUGUGGCCCUGCCCACCACAAACGCUGACGGUUGACUGGAGAGCAAUGGUCUGCCCUAAAGGAACCAUUUGAGUCUGUCUGUGGGACAGGGUGGAGAGAUGCCCUGUCUCAGGCCUGACGACCCACUGCUGCCUGCUGCUCCCAGCAGACAGAGUGAGACCGAGGCAGCAGGAGGCUGCGAGCCCCACCUUGCCCACCUCACUCACCCACCCAGCGCUGUCUGCACACCUUGGUUCAGCCCUCAGAGCCCCAGCCAAGAGGUGGGAAGGAGCCUUGUGAAGACAAGACGGGAAGCUGCCUGGCAGGCCUGUGUGUGACCCGCCUCUGGCUCCAGAUCAAGGCUGGGCUAGUGGCUAGAGUGUGCCCCGGGCUUUCCCUUGGGGGACUGGACUGAGAGGAAGCCAGGCUUGACUUGGACAAGAAGGAUGUGUUGGCCACACAGAAGGGUGGGCCAGCACCCAACAGGCCCUCCUCAGGGCUGGCCCUUUUGCCGGGGAGCCCCUGUAGGCAUUUGGAGUGUUGGACAGAAUGUGACCCUCGGCUUCACUGUGAACUUGUGGGCUUGGCCGGUCUUAGGAUCUUGUACCUGUAAACAGCCUGAAGUGGCUCAGGAGUAGAGAAAAGGUGCCAGGAUCUUCCCUGGCAGGGACCAGGGCCCAAGGCCCCAGGCUUGGAAGGAGACCCCAGGGGCACCAGUAGUUUCCUGUUUGACCCCUGCCCUUCCCCUGUUGUUGUUCGAUGUGUUCCCAUCAGCCUCUCUUGCCAAAGUCGCCGCCCCAGCUAUGGAUACUUGCUUCUUCCAGAGAAAUAAAGUUCGUUUCUAUUUUAUGUUA